AGAUGGCGGCAGACGGAAACGACGGCGGUGGCGUCGGUCCGACAACAUGGAAGACGUCUCGGCGUCGCGAAACGGUUAGGGUGGGGAGUGGGAAGCUUGCUGCGCGUUGACUGGAGGGAGACUGCGAGUGCGAUGGAGGCGGGGGAAGAAUCAUCUCUGCGGGGACUGGAGCCGAGGACCGACGGCGCAGUACUGGCGAUCGUUCAACCCUCCCCUUCUUCCUCCACCACGACGCCGAGAAGGAGCUAGGUAAGCCGAAGACGAGCCACCCCCGCUCGGUUCCGAACGCGAUACGACUGCGCCCCGCGCGAUCGACUGACUUCAAUCGGCCGAUUUGACCGUAAAUGUUGCAUUUUGAUACGUGUGAAAAACGCGGAUCGGUCGACGGCCUCCCCUUUGUACUCAAACCAACGACGGUGGGAAGGGGACAGACGAGGUCGGCCAUAGCCGUAUUUCUUAUCCUCUGCGGCUGGUGGGAGAGGGAGACUUGUGGAGGUAACUACAUGUUUAAAAACGACAUUCAAGUGUGCUGGAAUUAGGACAUUUCCUCCUGGUGUGCUCUUCGUGCAUUUUGGGGGGUUUGGUUGGGGGAAGCGCGCGGUACUUUCCGCGCCGAGACCUCCAUGCGGCAGUUGGCAGAACAGCCAGCCGCCCCUGUCGGUUAGCCAUCAGGGAUCUUGGUUUAAUAUCUCGCCGCCCUUUCUCUCUCUCCCCCCCCCGACCGGCCGCGGACUACCGACUAGCGAAGUCCUCGGUGAAGCCGCUUUUCUUAGUCGUCGCCUUUUUUUUGGGGGGGGUGGGUUGACUAAAAGGAGCCCCGCGACGCCUCGUUGUUUCCUUCUUCUUCCCCGGCCGGCCAUUUGGAGCUCGUGACGGUAGGUUUUGCUCGGAAGCAUGGCGGACAUUGGAGCUGGUUUUGUGGCGCCACGGAACCUUUGCGUCCUCCGACUUUCCUGCGUUCGUCUAGUUUAUCCGAAAAACGUGAACCAAAAAUCUGCUGUUUAUCCAUAGUUUUAGAAGGAAUUGUGCAGUUAAAAACUGCCUUUUUUGCGGCUUUAAAUUUUGUCUUUUGUAGCAUACUGAUUUCAAUAUUAUAACAUUUAUUAAAAAAAUCGUGAUAUCGGACGUGCUUUUUUGACUAUAACCUAAAAACAAGCUCGAAGUGGACCUUUAUAAAUAAUAGGCUGAAAUUUUAGUAUUCUUAAAACUAGCGUUUUUAACGUUUUUGUUGUAUUGAAAAUAACCCCAAAACUGUUAUUUUAAACAGUUAAUUCGGUACGGUAUGUAAAUGUUAGAAGGGAUAAGGGUUCCCGAAACGUUGGCCGGGUACCGAAAAGUUCGGCGUCGCUGGUUCGCCCCGCGGCUGAUGCCUUUUCGAGCUAACAGGCUAGCCGGAGCCAUCAAGGACACAACGAACAACGAGCAUCCGCCAUCAUGGAAGCGCCGCUCGGCUACGCCUCACUGAAGAAUGUACCGCGGUUUCGCUCUGGAUUCUCUAAUAAAACCACACGAUUAAAGAAAAAACGGUCUACCACACAAUAAUAAAAAAAAAACAACACAUUUGUUAAAAGUAAACGGGAACAUGUCGCCUUUCUUUCUGCUUAUAGUGGAGAUUUGAGUAUAGCGCGGCGGAGCUAGAUCCGUGGGUGAUGAGGCUCCCGUGGCGCAGUGAUAGCCGCCAUUGUGGCCCCCUUCGUCGGAGAGCGAAAGCAGAUCCCCCGUGGUCACCUGGUCGCCUCCAGCUGCCUCCGCGUCCGCUCGCUUCCUUCCUUCCUUUUUUUUUUUGUGGAUCCACCCCAAAAACCCCGAGGCUCCCCCACUCGAAAAUCCUCCAUUACUUAGCAGGCCCCGGCGGAGAAAAUGGUCGUCGAGCGUUCGAGAGAAGACAAAAAAAAAGAACCCACAAAUGAAUGGAGACAUGGAAGCAACAUCCCAACACCAAGUGUGGGCGCAGGAUGACCUCCUCCAGUUGCUGGAAGCCAUGAAGCUGGCGCUGCCGCAGAAGGACCUGACCAAAUACAAGACGUCAGAGUCGCACCUGGACUGGCAGAAGGUGGCCUUUAACUCCUACACGGCCGAGAUGUGCAAGCUGAAGUGGCAGGAGGUCUCCAAAGAGAUCCGUAAAUUCCGGACCCUCACAGAGCUGAUAUUUGAUGCUCAGGACUACAUCAAGAACCCAUAUAAAGGGAAGAAAAUAAAGAAACAUCCAGAUUUCCCCAAGAAGCCCCUGACGCCGUACUUCCGCUUUUUUAUGGAGAAACGGGCCAAGUACGCAAAGCUGCAUCCAGAAAUGAGCAACCUGGACCUGACCAAGAUCUUGUCCAAGAAGUACCGUGAACUGCCGGACAAAAAAAAGAAAAAAUAUGUGGACGACUUCUUAAGGGACAAAGAGGCGUUUGUGCACAGCAUGAUGAGGUUCAGGGAGGAACACCCGGAUCUUAUGGAGAGCAUGACCAAGAAAGGCUCAAAUGUUCCAGAGAAGGCCAAAACACCCCAACAGCUGUGGUACAACCACGAAAAGAAGGCUUUUCUCAAAGGCCACCCGGACGCCACCACCAAGGACAUCAAGGACUGCCUCAGCAAGCAGUGGACGCAGUUGUCGGACAAGAAAAGACUCAAAUGGAUCGCCAAGUCCCUGGAACAGCAGAAGCAGUACGAGGAAACAAUGCGGGAGUACAUCCAACAACAUCCCGAGAUGAACCUGACGCAGGGUGACAUCGUCAAGUCCACGCUUACCAAAGCCGAGAGGCACCUGAAAGACAAAUCCGACGGGCGGCCUGAUAAACCUCCGCCGAACGGUUAUUCCAUGUUCUGCGCCGAGCUGAUGUCCAGCAUGAAGGACGUGCCCAGCACUGAGCGCAUGGUGAUGUGCAGCCAGCGCUGGAAGCUGCUCAAGCAGAACGAGAAGGAUGCCUACCAGAAACGCUGCGAGCAGAGGAAGAAGGAGUAUGAAAUCGAGAUGAACAGAUUCCUCAGUAGUUUAUCUGAGGAGGAACAGCAGCGAGUCCUGGGAGAGGAGAAGGUGGGCUUCAAAAGGGGCAACGUGGCCAACAGCCCCGCGUCCAAAAAGAAGAACUCCAAAGCUAAGGCCAACCCAGAGAAGCCCAAGCGUCCCAUCUCAGCCAUGUUCAUUUUCUCUGAGGAGAAGCGUCCCAAGCUGCACCAGGAGCGUCCGGAUCUAUCCGACAGUGAGCUCACGCGGAUGCUGGCGCGCAUGUGGAACGAGCUGCCGGAUAAGAAGAAGGAAAAGUACAAACGACUGGAAGCGGUCCUGAAGGCCGAGUCGGAGAAGAAGGAGGACCGCAGUCUGCCCGACCCACCCAAGACGGCGCAGGAGAUCUGGCAGCACAGCGUCAUCGGCGACUACUUGGCCAAAUUUAAGAACGACCGUCCCAAGGCUCAGAAGGCGAUGGAGGCCACCUGGAGCACCAUGGAGAAGAAGGAAAAGAUCAUGUGGAUUAAAAAGGCGGCAGAAGACCAGAAAAGAUACGAGGUGGGACGGCGGGACGCUUGCCUCAACCCGGUCCAGGCUUCUGAUGCGUCAGCGGCUAACCACCAUUUUGUCUGCGGUCCGCAGAGAGACCUGUGCGAAAUGCGUUCGCCCGUCGCCACCGCCGUGGCCUCAGGGAAGAAGAUGAAGUUCGAGGGCGAACCCAAGAGGCCGCCAUCAAACGGCUACCAGAAGUUCUCUCAGGAGAUGCUGUCCAACGGGGAGCUCAACCACCUGCCCAUGAAGGAGAGAAUGACCGAGAUCGGCAGCCGCUGGCAGAGGCUGCCGCUUAAGGACAAGGACCGCUACAAAAAGAUUGCUGAGGAGAUGCAGAGGCAGUACAAAGUGCUGCUUGAGCAAUGGCUAGCUAGCGUAUCUUCUCAAGUCAGGAACUCCUACAGAGAGUACAACUCUCAGAAGAGGAAAACCCCCGUGAAAUCAGGAGGCCCCAAGGCGAAAGUCAAGAAAUCCGAUACCGACGAGGACGACGACGACGACGACGACGAUGACGACGACGACGACGAUGACGACGAGGAGGAAGAGGACGAAAAGGACCAGGCUUCCUCUGAAGCGGCGUCCUCCAGCGAAGAUGACGACGACGAUGAUGACAAGGAUGACGACGACGACGAGGAUGACGACGACGCGGACGACAAGGAGAACAAGUCCGAAGACAGCAGCAGCGAGUCCAACUCGGACGGCUCGUCGGACUCGGACUCUGACUGAGGGAGAGUGGGGGGGGGGGGGGGGGGGGCGUGACCGACAAAACAGACCAAGCUGAGCCACGGGGGUUCAUCCAAGAGGGCGGGGAGCUCUGCCACUGUGCCAACCCCUGCCCAACACCUCCUACAUUUCACACGCCCCCCACUUUUUUUUUUUUUUUUUUUGUCGUCGUUCUCUUCAGCCCCCCUCGCUGAGUUUUAGUUGGACCCGCAUCCCACUGGUUUGGCGAUGUUCCGAACUGACACACCCUUUUUUUUUUUUUUUUUUUUUUUUUUUUUUUUUAAGUUUUAAAACAACGUCGCCCAUUUUAUUUGAUUGUUCCGCAGGGACGAGCCAGGCUUCUCACAGCCAAAGAACACAAACGAACCGGGGGGGGGCACACUUUAAAUCAGGAAGAAAAGGGUGGGAAGGUCGCGAGGGUGUUUGUACUAGGAAAAAUUGCACUCUUAAGAAUGUUUUCCUUGUUAAUACUUCUCCCCCCCCCUCUCUCUUUCUCUGCUUCUGAUUUUAUUCCGUUCCGUUCUUAAAGAUGUGGUAUUUUUUCAGCUAUUAAAAAAAAAAAAAAACGAAAAAAAAACAAGAAGCCAUGAUGAAUGUUUUUUUUUUUUUUUUGUCGUUGUUGUUGUCGUUGCCGGGACGUCGUUUAAAAUGCUGCAGUGCGAGUAUGUUUUGAACCCCUCGUUUUUAAUUUUUAAAUUUUUUCUUUUGUUCAGAUUUGGCAAUUGAUCGACUUGGAACGACACUUGAUAUCACGCCUCACAAAUACACAUUUACGUGAAAUGUUACAUUUGUAAACAAAACUUUUUUUUUUUUUAAGAAGCACUGCACAUUUUAUCUGAGGUUCAUUGUUAAUUUUCUGUCCAAACAACAAAUAAACCAGUUUGUUGUGCAACACUCUUCUUAUGUUCCCUCCACAAUUGCUUUAUUAAAAAAAAAAAAAAAUAGCUCAUUAUGAUGCCGUUUGAUGAUGGUUACCUCCCCUAAAAUCUGCACUUAAGCGGUAAAUGACAAACAAUGAAUGUACAUAGACAUUUUUCUUGGCGAUGACGCACCAUGACUGACGUUAGUUCCGAUAUUUUGUUUGUGAGGUGUUCUGACAAGCAGUGAAAGAAGCGAGGGAAAAGCUUGUAUUAUUCUUGUGAAUAUGGUUUUAAUUUUUUUUAUGGGGUGUUUUUAUUUUUUUUCCCUUCUCCCUGUUUGGUUGUUUUUGUUUUACUUUAGAGGGAGAGAGAUGUUUAAAAGAGCAAAAAAAAAAAAGCUUUACAAAUUUGUACUGCUGAACAUUUGACAAAAACGAUGAUGUUGAUGUUUUCUAUAGCGGAGGGUGUUAUUAAGAUGUCCCUUGUAGUUCAAAGUAUUUGGGAAAAUAAAAAAAAUCUUCAACUGUU